UUUUUCUUCUUUUUUUUUUUUGGCACCCCGCAUCUUGACCCUACUAGAUGAACCAAGUUCCAGAGCCCAGAGUGGGAUUUGCUUGAUGUCAUGUCCACUGCCCUCCCCCUUUCCCACGUCUAAGUCUAUAUAACGCGCCCGACCCGUUCCAUCUAUCAUAUCAUAUCAUAUCUCCCAUAUUUCAAAGUCACCCAUACCCAUCACCGCUACGAUCCAUCCAUCAUCAAACCGGCAAAUUAUCGUACCUGGUGAUAUCCAGCGACGAACAAACACAGCACCAGCACUCGUACAAUACAGUAUCAUCUCAUACCAUGGGGGUUACCACGACACAGGGGUCGAUUGUGUUGCCGAGAUUGCAGUACCGUACGAGCACAAUACACACGUGCGGGUUCGGUCCGGUAAGAAGCGGUAACUGUAACUGGGUGGGUGGUGGGUAGGGCUGGGAUUGCAGUGUACGAGUACUUUGUAGAGUACGUGUAGUAUCACAGCACUCGUACUUUACUGGUACUCGUGUAGAGUACAAGUACGGCAAGUACCGGCAGCCCAUCUACCGGAGAUUAAGUUUUUGGGGUCCUUGUGGGAGGGAGGGAGGGAGGAAAAAAGGUGAAAGUUGGAGGAGGGCUUUGUUUUGUUUGUUUUGUUUUGGGCGGCCUCAUGAGUGUGAGGAAGAAAGGAAGGAAGGAAGGAAGGAAGUGGGUGAGCGGUUGGGGACGGCGCUUGCUAUCGUUACGGUAUUACAAUGUACGGUGCUUCGCGCUUGGGGGAGUUUUUCCUUGUUUUAUUGUGUCAUAGCUUUAGACUAACGUGGAGGAGAGUUGGGUGGACGGCUGGGGUAUGAUGAUGGCUUGAGAGGUUGCUGGGGGAAACAUGUUCGCGAAUGUCGUCGCACGCUGAGGCCUUGUCCAAUGGUUCCCGUCCAAUUCGAUCUUUCAAAUCAAUCAUAACUUGCUCUUUUCCCUCCUUUUUUCUUCUUCCCUCCCUCCCGGUAUCAUAGUGAGAGAGUAUCAUAGUGAGAGAUACGAUACCGUGUUCAUCUUUCCCUGAAAUGUUUCAUCCCGGCUCUACUGUUUUCCAUCUCUAUACGGAGUACCAAACCCGUCCGAUGGUUGCAGAGGAAAAUGUUGGGUUGCGAUACUUGCACGGUGCCCACUGCCCACUACUCCCCGCCAGUCUUCCCGUGUCCUCGUCCGUGUGUUCACCAGCGGGCGUGGUAAUUACAAUGUUUGCUUUGGCAAGAAAGGAGGAGGGUAAAAAUGACAUCUAUGACACGGUACCGUACUGCACACCCUCCUCCACAAUGGGAAAAAGAGAGAAAAAAAAGAAAAAAGGAAUAGAAAAAAAAAGGGAGCGGAAAGGGAAGGGAAGGGAUGGGCAAGAAAAAAAAGGAAAAAAAGGAAAAAGGAGCUGAUCAGAUCUAUCAGAUCCACCGAAACCUUUUUCUCCCACCUUUCUUUCACCUCCCAAGACUUUUUCUUUUCUUCCCUUUGCUUCAACAGCCGAAUGACGAGCGCUGAAAACCAGCGAUUUUUUUCUCUUGUGGAGGAAAAAAGAAAGAUGGGGGACUCGAUGCACCAAUACCAAGAUCCGGGCCCAGACCGUUUAACUUGACUUGAUGCACGAGAAGAAGGGGGCAUUAAGUUACUUACCGACCGACGAGACAAGAUAAGACAAAGCCCAGGCAAUGCCCAGAUAUUGCCAAUGCCAAACCUCUGGGCGCGAUAAAAAAUCCCAAUCGCUGGGCAUCAUCAGGGAAGGGAAGGGAGGGGAAAGGGAGGGAAGGAAAGGGAAAGGGAGUUGCUUCCUGGCUGUAUGUAACCCGCCCAAGCCAAAUCCUUCACCACCGACUUCUCUUUUAAUACUUUCUAAUCUCUUGGCUACAAAGGGCUUUUCUCCGUUGGUUUAAAUUGAACAAAAAAAUUAAAAAAAAACUCUUGGUUUUAUCUCGGCGCGCCGCUACUUGAUCUGCUUUUCUCUUUUGCUUUCCUUGGUGCUGUACGUUCGAGUUCAAACUGCGGUGCUCAAAAGGUGGGUUGGGUUGUUGCCCACAUUUUGGCCGUUUCCUUUCGCUCUUCUUCCUCUUCCCUCCCUUUUUCUCUCCUUCAUACCAGAUAUGAGAGGAGAGAAGAGUGGUGGCGGUGGCACUCUUUUGGCACUCUUCUUUUGCAUCUUCUGACCUUUCGUCUGGUUCCGCCAUGAGAUACUUGUCGUCGGUCGCCUUUCACUCCUGCAUCGAUUGAGCAUUUAUUCGCAUGCGAUACGGUACCUACCUAUACCCUUUCCCGCCGCCCAUCGCUGCUCUGAGAAAAAGAGGUUAUCGCUGUAACGCCGUAUUUAUUAAUUUCUGCUUUUUAAUUUAUUUUAUUUUUUUUUCAUUCUUUUUGGACCCUUCCUUUUCUAGUUCGUUACCGUACUCGUACUAUUGAAGCGUACCUUCUGUCCCCCCGUGUGGUGUGCCCCCGUACCGUACCAACCGGAUCUUCUGCAUUGCAUGCAUGACGCCCCGCGAGAAUUAUAGUCGGUCGUACGAGGAGGAAGUUCGGGGAACGGCGGUGGAUGGGGAUUGGGGUGAUCGUAAUGUGACGGCGAGGGCAAAGACGAUGGGGAAGGGAGAGGGGAGUAUCAGGACUAGUAUGGCUUCGGCUUCCACUGUUGUGAUGGCAGCGGGGGUAGAAACGACGACAGCGGCAACAGGCGGGACUGGGGUGAGCGGAAAGGGGAGUGGGAAGGGGAAGAGUGGAGAUGCGGAGGGUGGUGCAGAUGUUGAAUGGGGUGGGGGCGUUUGCGGUGGAAGAGAAGGGAGCUCUAAUUCUUUGGGUGAUGGAGGUGGUGGGAAUGGUCGUACUGGUAGUGGUGGUAGAAGCGAUUGUGGUGGUGGGGUGGACGAAACGGUGACCCGAGAGGUGGCUUUUUCCCGGCCUCGCGCAACCCCGCAGCAGCAUCGGCGAGCCAACGAAAGAAGCAUACCAUCUUCAGUAGCCCCUCGCGAUGGGCCUCGAGAGUAUGAUUUAGAAUCCUUGGGCGAGCAUUCACGCGAAGCUUCAUCAUACGUGUGGAGAGUAUUGGUAUCUUCCCACUCUUUACCAUUCACAUCCCCAUCCUCUCAUUCCUCGUGCAAAUCGCGUGAAACACCUCGUCCACUAACAUAGUGAAUUAGGUCUACUUGGUCCUUGUGAACCCUUUCCUCUGCCUCCUCAACACCCUAUACACAGCUCUAGUCCUCCUCCUAUCAACAUUCACCUUUCCAAUCCGAUCGUUUCUCUCGUCUAAUGCCCGAUUCUUGUCUUGCGGCACGCAUGCCAGCCUUGCGUUCCUGCUGCUAAUGCAUCUAAGGUUCAUAUGUCCAGACAAACCCCGGCGAUCGACUCUUCCCGUGGCAGAGGACUUUGCAGGGCGGAGGCUCGUUCUCGUGCACGUUUUUGGCCCCUUUGUUGCGCCUUUGUUCUCUAUUGGCGCGGGGGUGCUGAUGCUGCUGUGGGUUUAUACUGAAGUGCUGCUUGGCGAGAGGAAUGAUGGGGGCGGAGCCGAGUAUAGGGGCGUUCUGUUUCUCAAGGGGAAGUGGGAGGAGUAUAUCCUUAGUGGGUUGAAGCCAAAGUGUAUUGAUUCUUGAUAUGUUUUUUUUUCCUUUUUUUCUUCCCUUUUUUCUCUUUUUCCUUGUUGGUGGUCUCUUCCGAGUUGCCUGUUUUUGUUGGAUUUUUUAUAGGGGAUUUUCUUUUCUUUUCCUUUCUUUGAUCUCACCGUCUCAGCCGGCCCCCCUGCGCUUCUACCGGUGCUCCCUCUCUCUGCCCUCAUAUCUAUGUAUCUUUCCCGGUCGGCGUUUGGGCUUUUAUUUUUCAUCUCCUUCAUUUCCACCCCCCCCAACCUCAACAUCGCUCAAUAACUUGUACAUACCAUCCUGUAAUCCUCGAGUCGACUAUGAUAUCGGCACCGUACAAACACCCGGAAAUUUCAUCGUCGCCUCCCUUUCCCUCUCCCCGUAACCCAAUCUUGGUAACUGCCCUACCCUUGCAAGAUCCACCACCAUCCAUCAUUCAUUCAUUCAUUCAAAAAAUCAAAAAAGAACCACAUGAGGUCUUUUUCGCAUU